UUUGGGUGUACAGCAAAGUGAUUCAGGUAUACAUAUUGUAUACCUGAAUAUAUACAUAUGUAUACAUAUACAAAAAAAUUCUUUUUCAAUUUUUUUCCCAUUUAGGUUAUUAUGGAGCAUGGAGCAGAGUUUCCUGUGCUAUACAGCGGGUGGUUGCUGGCUAUCUAUUUCAAAUAUAGCAGUGUGCACAUGUCAGUAUGAGGUAUUUAAAAACAAAAUAAAACAAAUCUGGACUGUCUCUACCUGGCUAUCUCAUGAAACUCCAUUUAAUCUUCCAGAGAAAAAUGUGGACAGGGUCCUGACGUGGGUAUGCCUCUUCCCAUCCCUGAGUGGGAGUUCUACCCCGCUGUGUCCAGCUAUGAUAUGAACUCUGACCCCACUUCUCCACUCCCCAGGAGAAAGCCCACAAUGCCUGCCCUGCUCCUAUUCUCUGUCUGGGCUGCUCUGAGCAUGCCCGGUGUGUGGGUUGCAGCCUUAGUGCUUCUGAGCUUUGGGUCAGUGGGUCUCAUGCAUUGUCCCAUUCCAGUUACUCCUCCCAAGUAUUCAGGUAACAGAUGAGGUGACCGGAACCUAGAAGAAUCAGUGUGCCCCAGAUCACACCAUUAGAAAGUGCAAUCUGGGUUUAGACUCUGAGGUCUGCAUCCGGUAGGAGAAAUUACUGCAUCUCUUCUUCCAGCCCAGCUGCCCCCUCCCUUCACCUACCAGAUACCAGAACACAGCUGUCUCUCCCUUGCUCCCCCAACCCAGGCAAGCUGUUCUGGGUGGGGCUGAGCUGGGCGGGGCAGCCCUGUGCAGUGUUCAGGAUGUGGCCCUUACAGGCAAAUUCAGCCAGACAUCCACGGUGAGCAGCAGUCUGACUGGUGAGAAGGGAGCAGAAAGGAGAGCGUGGAGUCUGGAUCGCCUUGCAAGUCGCCAGCCAUGCCUGCUCCUCUGCUCCCGCUGCUGCUCCGCACGCUGCUGGCCCGCCUGCUGCUGCCCGCUGCCCGCCUGGCCCGCCAGCACCUCCUGCCCCUGCUGCGCCGGCUGGCCCGCCGCCUGGGCUCCCAGGAUUUGCGAGAGGCUUUGCUGGGCUGUCUGUUGUUCGUCCUCAGUCAGAGACGCCCGCCGGACACCGGGGAGACUUCCAGAGUGGCCCGCCUGGAGAGGAGGGAGAGGCUAGCCUCCCAAAAAUGAGGCCAUGAAUCCUGGUAGCAGCUGUGCCCCCUGAAAUGCUUUACUUCAGAGUAAGACAGUCCUGGCUCCAUCACUGACUGCAGCCUGCCCAGUGGGCAGAAGACGUGGUGGGAGACUGAGCAUGAGAGGGGUCCAGCUAGGACAUGGCCCCCCCUCCCAGCAGAAAGGAUUGGAAGGAUGCUCUGCUUCCAGAAAACAGAUCACCAUCCCUCCCUCCCAGCAUUCUUCCCUGCAUUCUAAUCACCUCUGGCCCCUGGAGGGAGGGGAACUGACACUCCACCACCCAGGCAAAUGGAGACCGGAGGUCCAAAGAGGAACAGUGCUUAACCCUGGGACAAUGGACAAUUCCGCUAAUCCAGACUGCCUCUGGUUUGAGAUUUCCCAAAUAAUAAUAACUUGGUUCCCCAGGGAGUUACUCCUGCCCCCAAAGCCCAGUAUGCAAUAGGGGCUCAAUAAAUAAUUUGUUGCCUUUAAUUCUUAGGAUGCCUUUGACAGUCCUGUCACACUCCUGCACUGCAGGACAGUCGAAACUGUCCAGAGGAGAACGGGUGGGGGAACACCUCAAGCCUUCCUUUUGCUACCUCUGUCAUUGUCCCUCUCAGUCCCAAUGCCCUGGAAGCUGUUUCUCUUUCUAACUUGAAUGUCUCACACUGGGAGUCAGCAGUCUUGAGUCUUGCUGGCAGCUCAAGGUAAGGAGGUUAAUGUCCUCCAGCGAGUGUGGACACUCUUCUCAGCUAGUGGUGUGGGAAGAGGGAGAUUUGUUUUCAGAGUGACCCUGUGGGCAGAACCCCAGAGAAGCAGACUAGAGAUGCAUACCCCUGAGGGGUACUCUGUCCAGGAUGGUAUCUAGGGGGUACAGGGUAGGUGGCAUGUGAUCUGAGGAAUUCACCUCUUCAUUUCUCCUCUCCAGUGGGAGGUCCCUUGGGGAUUUCAAACAAGAGUUGUCAGAGGCAAGUUGCAUACCUGCUUCCAGAUAAUUUGCUUACAGUUCUUCUGCAACACUCCUCCCUCCUACCCGCCUCCACCCAGCCCCGGGCUCCCGGUUCAAAGCGGUAAAGUGAGGACGACAGGCGACAAAACCCCUUUCAGGACCCUCACCCUGUCUGCACACCCCGUUAGAAGGCUGGCCUGAGGGGAAGACUCGAGAUCAGAGCUGUGGGCCCCCAAGCCGGCCCCGCAGGGCUUUCCGCCAGACACCGCCUCCCCACGCCCGGACACCAUCUGCUUCCUCCCGGAGUCAUCAAAAGCCAGUGCACGUGCUCGCGCCCCACCCCCGCCCACUCAGAGAGGUAGCCUGGGGAGGGGCGGGGUGAAGGAGAUUCGAACCCCUGGUCCCUUCCAAGGCCCCGGGCGCCUUAUUUUAUUCAGCCCGCUCCAGGCUUCUCCUCCCGCUGGCCUCCCGGAGAGUUCCUCUUUCGGCAGUCUG